AUGGGCAGGUCUUCCAUUGACCGUAAAGUCAUAAUAAGCGAAGAGUUUACAUCGCUGGCAAAAGUGCUGGUUCGAACGGCUGACGACGCGGCCACGUGCCUGGAGACGCUGAAGAAGAGGUUGUCCGAGUUUGACAAUCUCCAUCACAGCCACGACCUUCACGCAGCGAAAACGUACAUGCAGAGCGACAUUCGUAAGGCUAAGUACAUCUCAGCGGCGCUGAAAAGCGUGGCCCAGCAGAUACGUCAGAACCUCGAUAGGCCUUCCAAAACGGACGUAAAAGCCGCUUACAGCAUGAUGAAUAGCACUGCUAAGGCGAUGGGGUUCUUGGUCGUGACGGCCCACAACUACGAUCUGAGAAUGGAGCAGUCGGAGCGGAGGGUCAAGGACGCAGAUAAAGUGGCUGCCCACGAGCGCGACCAAAGAAAUGAGCGUGACGAGGGUGGCAACCCGGCAGAAGUCUGCAGUGCCGACUGUCUAAGGCACUCAGACGACACUGUUGAAGUGCUUGUGAGGUCGACGUUGCGUGACAACUUCAGCCUCAACGGCUUGAGCUGCCAAGCCAGUGCUGCGGAAAACGCGUUGCUGUUGCUCUCCAUUAUCGAUCGCGCCAAAGAGGUGGUGCGUGAUAUGAAACAUAAGCUCAAGGGCAAGUCGAGUCCGGCGUACACGACUGACCGAUCCGUGACCUCGAUGAAGAACAUUUAG